UAUGCUUAUGGUGCCAGAGCUGAGAUUCCUUCACCAAAUUCAACAUCAUGAAGGCUGUCCUAUGUUUUCCUCUAUGAGUUUUAUACUUUUGGCUCUCACAUUUAAAUCUUUGAUCCAUUUCAUAUUCAUUUUUGUGUAUUGUGUGAGUUAAGGGUCUGCCUUUGGUAGGUGGCUAUCCUGGGGUCCCAACACUACUGGGUGAAUCUUUCCCGCAAGUGAUCUUGGCAUACUUGUUGAAAAUCAGCCAACCACAGACACAGGCAUUUGUUUACAGACUCUCAUUCUGCUCCAUCAAUCUACAGGUUUAUCUUUGUGCUGGUACCACAUUGUCUUCAUUUCUGUUGCUUGGUAGUAAGUCCUAAACUUGGGACAUGGGAGUUCCCCAGUUAGAUUGUUUUUUUUCCAAGGUUGUUUUGGCCACUCUGGAGAUCUAUCCUGGAAAAGCUUUCAAUGGCACUUGGAAAAAAUCUUGUUCUCUUGUUGUUGGCCAGAGUGUUGAUUAGAUACGGUUGAUUCAUGGUGUUGUUCAAGUCGUCUGUUGCCUUGCUGAUCUUCUGCCUAGUUGUUCUAUCCACUAUGGAAAGUGUGAUGUUGAAUUCUCCACCUACUUGCUUUCAAUUAUAUAUUUCUCCUUUUUUGCCUUGUCUAUUUUGGUGCAUAUGUGUCUCUAAUUCUUAUACUUUGCUGAUCAAUCUACCCUUUUCUCAUGAUAAAAUGCCCCCCUUAUCUCUAGUAACAUUUCUAAUUGAAGCCUAUUUUUCAUCCCUAAAUCUACUUUGAUAUUUAAAGACUAAUGUACAGACAGCCUAGGGUUUCAAUGGCUGCUGUUAGGGUUAGGGUUAGGGUUAGGGUUAGGGUUAGGGUUAGGGUUAUAUGUUUUCCCAUCCUCUCACGUUCAACAUUUCCUACGAAAUCUUCAAAGAUGUUCUUCAGUAGAUGUUUUGCACUUCAUCUUUACCCUCAGGACCACUUCCACAGCCUUCAAGUCCUUCCACCAAAGUGCCACUAGGGAAUGGGUUAGUGAGCUCCUCAUACUGUCAUGACAAAAGUCAAACACCAAAUCCAUUACAUUUUUAAAAUUCAUAAUCUUAUUUUGCACUCAAAAGCAAAACUUCAUGACAGAGGAGCACACGCUUUUGAAAGGUGCAACGUCCUCCUCCCAUUAAUACCGUGAAGAAAUUUAUUGUAGGUUUUGUCUUUGAUAACAAACAUCUUGUGCAUGAAAGGAUUAUUCACUUGAAUACUUGCAACAGUACCCAUUUUAGUCUAUCUAGUCUGCUCAAAACACUAGUUAAAACUGUUGCGUCAUUUGCAAAGAGGCAGCUUGGGGUUUACUAUGGGUUCACGGGUAGGAAAUGCUAAUUAUUCUUCAAAAUAUACUAUAAAUCCCAAGAAAUAGUGCAGGAAAAAUAAAGAAAAAAAUGAAGAUUCUUAUGAAAUGAGGGAAGACAUAGAUUUUAGAUUGGAAAAGACAUUCUAAGUCAGAGAAAUUAAUAAAGGAGAAACAUCCUUCAGAUAUCAAAUAAUACAAACAUCGAAAUGUGAAGAGCUUUUAUCUAUUUCCGUGUAGUGGAAUUCAAUGUAAUUCCCAAACAGAACCAGAUAAAAGUUCUUGAAGAUUAAAGAAAAUAUUACGCAGGUAGAAAGAUGUUAUUCAAGGAGGAAAAAAGCAGGUAAUAAAUUACAAUGCUGACAUUUAGAGAGUUCUCUAUCACACUGUUGAGUGAAUAAAGACGACAAAGAAAAGAACGUAUGCUCACCAAAAUGUUAAUAGUGGUUACAUGGCAGAAUUUAGGGUGACAUUUACUUUUUUAAAAAUUUCAUUAAAGUAUAUUAGAUUUCCAGUGGUCUCUCAACUUCCACUGUACACCAAAGUAACCCAGCCACAUAUACAUACAUAUACACACAUCCUGUCUUUUAUACUACCUUCCAUCAUGUUCUAACCCAAGAGACUGGACACAGUUCCCUAGGCUGUACAAGAGGACCCCAUUACUUAUCCGUUCUAAAUGUAAUAGUUUUCAUCUACCAACCCCAAACACCCUGUCCAUUCCCAUCUAUCUCCCCUGCCCCCGGCAAACACAGGUCUGUUCUCUCACACUAAGUGAAGUGAGUCACAAAGAGAAAGACAAAUACCACAUGAUAUCACUGAUAUGUGGACAUUCACUUUUUUCAAUUAAAAUUGUUCUUUAUCGCUGGAAUUAGUUACACUGGAAUGUAUUGCUUAGAAUCAACAGAUAGCAACGUAUUAAGGGCUACCCAUGCGACUUUUUUUAAAAGGUGCAUCUUAAACUGUUGAAGAAGUUUCAACAAAUUCCAAAUGGCAGAAAUCGACAAUAAGUGAAUCUAAGUUUAAGAUGGAAGAUAAUGCAAACACAUCAUAUCAAAAAGGUGAUAAAGAUGGCACAUAAGAAAGGAAACUACAGAUAAACCUCAUUUGUAACUAUGACUACAAAAGGCUAAAUGCAACAACUGCAAAUCGAUUUCAGUAUUUUAUGCUGGGAGUGGAAAUGCAUUUCAACAUUACCAGAGCUGUUCACGCAGCAGGCACUGAAAAGUCAUUGGAUUAAAAGUGAAAAGACACACCUAAUUAUUAAAAUAUCAUGAGCAAAGUACAAACAGAAGGAUAGUUGCUGCAUAGAGACACCCUCUUGUGCUUAAACCUUUCAAGGCUCUUUACUGCACUUGAGGAAACUUUUUCCAUCUUAACAAGGCUCUGAAGGACCUGAACCCUGCUUACACGACAAGCCCAUAUCUCACCACUCUCCUCUUCACCCCAACCACACUGACCCAUAUUUAAUUCUUUAAAUACAACAGCCUAUGGUUCACACGAAGUAAUGGAGUCAUAAAGAGCAAGGUAACUUACCAGAGGCUUCUCAGCUAGAAUGUGUCAGAGAGCCCAGACUUUAUUUCGAGUUUUUUGAAAUCCCCUUUUUAUCUCUAGGAGCAUUGCAGUUGCUUGUUUUCAGGUUCCCACAUGGAUAAUCCUAUCAGCAAAUCAGGAGAGUUUUUCCAUUUCUGUUCCAAUAUGUUCACUUUUCCCCUCGUCCAUUGUAUAACAUCAGCUUCUCACAGUGCAGACAUCUAUUUUAAAUAUCAUUGAAACCUAUAUGAUAUCAUAACACACUAAUCUGUAAGUCCUUAGGUAAGUUGUAAUAGGGUGUGAUUUAAAAUAAAACAUAAGUGCAAUUCCGAUAAUAUUGAGUAUGCUAGAUUAGAACUUUCUGGAAUGACUAAAGUGCAUGAAGAUUUCCAUGUUCUGUUUUGGUGUCUAUUACUACAUUAACUCAUACUAAAAAUAGUACAAAAUGUAGCCUAGGAUAUUGUUAAUGAUAAGAAACAGCUGAAAUGCUUAUUUGAAUGCUCUAUUCACUUAAGGGCACACAGGUAAACACCGGUUGGUGGUGUUGCGGAAAGUUGGAAAAAUGGAUGGAAGCAAUCACAGCAGGGUCUCCGAGUUCCUACUCCUGGGGAUCUCUGAGAGUCCUGAGCAGCAGAGGGUCCUGUUUUGGGUGUUCCUGUCCAUGUACCUGGUCACGGUGGUGGGAAAUAUGCUCAUCAUCCUGGCCAUCGGCUCUGACUCCCGUCUGCACACCCCCAUGUACUUCUUCCUGGCCAACCUCUCCUCCACUGACCUCUUCUUCGUCACCAACACCAUCCCCAAGAUGCUGGUGAACCUUCAGUCCCAGAACAAAGCUAUCUCAUAUGCAGGGUGUCUGACACAGCUCUACUUCCUGGUUUCCUUGGUGGCCCUGGACAACCUCAUCCUGGCCACAAUGGCAUAUGACCGCUAUGUGGCCAUCUGCCAACCCCUCCACUAUGUCACCGUCAUGAGCCCUGGGCUCUGUGUUUCACUCCUCGCCUUGUGUUGGGCACUCUCUGUCCUCUACGGCCUCAUCCACACCCUCCUCAUGACCAGGGUGACCUUCUGUGGGUCCCGGAAGAUCCACUACAUCUUCUGUGAGAUGUAUGUCCUGCUGAGGCUGGCCUGUUCCAACACCCAAGUCAAUCACACAGUGCUGAUUGCCACAGGAGCCUUCAUCUUCCUCACCCCCUUUGGGUUCAUGAUCACGUCCUAUGUCCAGAUUGUCAGAGCCAUCCUCCGAUUACCCUCAGCCUCAAGCAAAUACAAAGCCUUCUCCACCUGUGCCUCCCAUCUGGCUGUGGUCUCCCUCUUCUACGGGACGCUCUGCAUGGUCUAUCUGCAGCCCCUCCACACCUACUCCAUGAAGGACUCAGUGGCCACAGUCAUGUAUGCGGUGGUGACCCCCAUGAUGAACCCUUUCAUCUACAGCCUGAGGAACAAGGACAUGCAUGGGGCUCUGGGAAGACUCCUCUUAGGGAAAGUCUUCCCGAGGUUGGCAUGAGGAUAAUUUUGGAAAGUGCAUUAAGGUAGAGAUUGGGGAUUCCCUUCACCAUGUGCAAGGCAUUAUCCCAUGUGGGAUACAGCAUAGAUCCAGCUCACAAUGAGCUCGUAUGUCUGUGAUGAAAUAAAGACAUGAACGUGUAACCCAAGUUCCACCUAAUCUCACCAGCCUUGGCAAUAAGUCAGGUCUCUCUAACACUAAUAGGAGAGUUUGUAGGAAACCUCCUUCAGCUUCGCCUGACACAAGACCACAGUCCCAGCCUUAUUCAGAGAGACCCACGUAUGGCUUAGUGGGUCUCUCGUGUUCUCCUACACGCAAUCACUCGUAUUUCUUCUUGAAGGAGCCUGCUGCCUGCAGGCCAUUCAUAGACUAAACCUGGCACUACAUCUCCUGAAGGUACCCUGGGUGAGGCCAUGCCUUUCCUGAUACUCUGCCAGGCCCCACUCCCAUGCUUCAGU